GUGAGUGUUAUUAUGGCAAGCAGAGCUGUCAACAGCCAAGCUAACCAGCUAGCUUGUUAGUUAUUAAGCUUCAUUGCAUUCUCUGCACUGUGUUAAAUCUGUCAAUGAAACAAACAUGCUGUCGUUUGCGUAAUCUAAAACGAGGUACCGAUGGCGGUGCUGAACCUAUCCUUCGCGGCCUGCGGGUUUUUGGGGAUCUACCAGCUGGGUGUGCUGGGAGCGGUCCUCCGGCACGGGGAGAGGCUCCUGCAGGCAGUGCAGGCAUGUGCUGGGGCGUCUGCGGGGGCUCUUGUUGCAACCGUGCUGGUCACUGCGCCAGACAGGCUGGAGCAAUGCAAGGACUUUACGUACAGAUUCGCCAGUGAAGUGCGGAGUCAGAGGCUGGGAGCUGUGACACCAGGAUAUGAUUUUAUGCUCACACUGAGGGAAGGAAUAGAAGAGAUCCUGCCACCCGAUGCCCACCAGAUGGCCGGGGACCGUCUGCACAUAUCCCUCACGAACUCCAGAACCAGGAGGAACCGCAUGGUGUCUGGUUUCGCCUCCAGGGAGGAUCUCAUCAAGGUGCUGCUUGCCAGCAGCUUUGUGCCUGUUUAUGCAGGAAUCAAUGCUGUGGAAUACCAAGGCCAGCUCUGGAUCGACGGUGGGUUCACAGACAGCCUGCCUGUUCUGCCCGCAGGACGCACCAUCACCGUGUCUCCGUUCAGCGGACCCCAGGACAUCUGCCCCCUCCACAUUGGCCUGGCAAACCUCCACCUCAAACUCGCCAACAUGGAUGUCUUUUUUUCUACAGACAAUUUCAUACGCCUCAAUCAAGCUUUGUUUCCGCCGACGCUGGACACAAUGAGAAGGAUCGGUCAAGAUGGUUACUAUGAUGCAGUACGCUUUUUGAAAAAAGAAAAGUGGUUCGAUUAGCUUUUUAUUAUUCAUUUUUAUUCCUUUUUUAUGAUCUUUUAUUCCAUUUGAAAAUAGCAUAUAUAUUUUUUUAUCACUGGAAGGAAUCUCUUUGACAAAUAAUCAGUGUUUAGGGCAAAAUGAGAGAAAUAAUGGGCUUUGGAGCCCAUUAUGGGCGAAUGCUCCGAGUUGGGAUCAGGCGUGUGGAACCCAAACAUGUCUUAUCACCGUGAGCGGCCUGUAGCGUAGUGGUUAAGGUAAAUAUUUUAUUUGUAUAAUGCAAUAUAUUAUUUUACCCUAAUCAUAAGUGGGUUAGAGUGCAUUCGUAUUUUUAAAUGUGUACAAUUUUACAUUUCAAACUGUGUUUCCAAAAGAUAACAACCAUUUUGCAGAACAAAGAAAAAAAUAAAGAUAAGAUUUUUUUUCAUCCUGUAAUAGCCCAAACAAAAUAUGCUUGUAGGAACUACCUCUCUUUUUGAUGGUGUAAUGAAUACUGGAAUAAUUGCUUGACUUUUAAGGUAAUAAAUUAUUCUCUGUGCAUAGUUUGCACAUUGCCAGCA